CACCACGCCUGCAUUUGUCGGAUUGUGCUGGAAAUAAAGCGUAAUAUUGUUCCAGUGUUAAGAAAUCAAUUACAUUUAAAGCAUCCGGAUAACACACCUGUGUCAUUGAAUAAGUGAAGAACUAUUCAUAGACUUGAAGGUUUGUGUGAGUUUAUAGAACAUGUGGCAGCUCGGCACAGCGGGAGAGUAACACAACAAGGGAAUGAUCAGGUCAUGAGGAUCUAAUGGAAUAGAGCAGUCUCGCCUCUCUGACAAGCAGUUAUGGAAACUAAGGAAAAUGGAUCGGUUGACACCAAAAGUUCUGUGGAGAACGGGGAGCUGUCAGAUCCAGCUCACUGGGCCGUAGCAGAUGUGGUCAAUUAUUUUAAAGCGACAGGAUUUGAGGAGCAAGCCAACGCUUUCCAAGAUCAGGAAAUCGACGGCAAAUCUCUCCUACUUAUGACUCGCAAUGACGUUCUGACCGGACUGUCUAUAAAACUGGGUCCUGCACUGAAGAUAUACGAGUAUCACGUGAAGCCUCUCCAAACCCAACACUUAAAAACCAAUGUGUCAUAGCUGCUCCGACAUGCCACAUGGAGGCAUAGAAGACAAUCACAGCAGGAGAACGCAGGGUAACUGCAGGCAGAACCAAUACAUAUUAUGCAUCUUAACAAAUAAAUUAUAAAAAAAAUGAAUUAAUUCAUGGUAAAUUGCUUUUAGGUUGUCAUUCUGCUGUACAUGCACAUUUAUGAUUUGUCUCAUCGAUGUUUACCCCCUAUAAAAAUCAUUUGGUCGUGGUUGUACAUAAAUCCUUAUUGCUUUUAACAUAAAAUGCUUGCUUUAAAAAAAAUGAUCACCUUUAACAUGAUGAAAAGUGGCUUGAAGUAAAUUUAAAACGCUUUCCUGAAGAAGUUUCUGUGUUAAGCAUGAAGUACGUUUGAACAGAACUGAGACGGAAAGAAGUGGUGCUUUUAUUGGUUUGUUGUUCAUUUUCCACAAUUUUUCCCCAUUCAUAACAGAGAAACUUUGUGUAAUAAAGUAACGGCACAAGUGAUGGCUUGGUGCAUGUCAGGUUUGUUGGCAGGAGUCCAGUCACAGCGAUUGUGCUCCGUGCUGCUAUUAAUUCUGUUUAUUUAUUCG